AUGUUCAGCUCCGCGUGCUUCCACCGGACCGCGUCCUACUAUCUCCCCCUGCCGCUCGUCGCCGUCGUUGAGGACGGUAACCAGAUCAUCCGCGUCGCGCCGUCGUCGCGUGAGUGGCUACAUUCGCGUGCAUUUUCCUCCCUGCCCUUUCCGCGCUUCAUUCGUGAUUCCCCUGUGCCUCAGUCCCAAUUCCCGUCAAUCCCAGACCUCCCAUUGCCCCUCGCUCCACUUAUCCUCCCCCCUCCCUCCCCCGCCCAUUCCCCCUUAACCCGCCCUCCCUCAUCCCGCUUGUUCAUCCCCCCUUCCCCCUCCCCUUCCACCAGUGCUCCUAGAAGGCCUAGACGUGGCCGCGUUGGUCCUCCAUCAGUUCGACCCCCACCACUACAACGGGCACCGCUGGUGGUUACAACCGCCUCCCACUCCCUCCCACCCCUUCCUCUCCCUUUCACCCAUUCCCCCCCAACCCGCCUUCCGCCCUCCCCUCCUCCCAGUGCUCCUAGAGGGUGUGGACUCCUCCUAGAAGGUCUAGACGUGGCGGCCCUUGUCCUCCAUCAGUUUGACUGCUACCGCUACGAGGGCGCGCAGCUCACCACCAUCAACCUCACCUCCUCUCGUCCCCCCCUUCUCUCUUCCCUCCCCACCAUGCUGCUAGAGGGAUUGGACGUAGCCGCGCUCGUGCUCCACCAGUUCGACUACUACCGCUACGAGGGUGCGCAGGUCACCACCAUCAACGGCCUUCCCGCCAUGGACUACCUACUCGAGUGGGCGGGGCGCUACGUGGGGCAGUAUCGCGACUCGGGCGUGCGCUUUAAUCUGCUCUUUGCAAGAAGGCACGAGUGCCACACCAGUGCAGGUGACGGUGCCGUGGGUGGCAGUGCUGCCGACCUAUUUCCCCUUCCCUGGUCUAUCACGAGUGCCACACCAGUACAAGUAACAGUGCCAUGGGUGGCGGUUCUGCCGACCAAUUUCGACUCCGCCACCUCCUACUGGGCGGCUAACUGCGCCACCCCUCGCCAACCCACCGCUUCUGCUGCUGCUGCUGCUGCUGCUUCUGCCGCUGCUGCUGCUUCUGCCGCUGCUGCUGCUUCUGCCGCUGCUGCUGCUUCUGCCGCUGCUGCUGCUUCUGCCGCUGCUGCUGCUGGGGGGACGAGGGGAAUAGGGGCAGCUGGGGUUGAUCUGGGGGCGCGCAGCAGGGAAAGGGGGAAAGAUUGGGCGCUGGAUGCGGAUGGGGGGAGGGGGGAAGGUGCUGGGGACGCGGAGAAGGAGUGGGAGGGGGAGCGUUGGAGCAGUGGUAUGGGGCAGCAGUCGCACGGGGAUGGGAGACAGCAGCAGGGAGAGGGCAGCGGGGUGGCCGACUCUGGCUGUGGAGUCUACCUACUAGCAGACAACGCCACAGCAGUCUACCUACUGGCAGACAACGCCACGGCAGUCAUCUGGCUGCACACCUUCCUGCCAGCAUUGGACGGCUCAGAUGAAGCCCUCAUUGCCUUCCUGCUCACCGAGAUCUCCACAGCCGUUGAUCUCGCCAACCAGCACGGCAAGAGUAUACUGAUGGACGUGAGUGGCAACGGGGGGGGCUACGCAGACAUAGCCUACCUCCUCCUGCGCCUCGUGGCCGGCAAGCAGAAGGCCCCCACGGGCCGAGUGCAGAUGCCGCAGCAGCUGCUCAUCUCCAAUGCAUUCAUGCUCUCACUGCUGGACCAGCAGCUCUCCUCGUUCUACCAGUGGGAUAAGUACGUGCGGGUUGACGAGACCACGCCGGUGAAAAGCGCGCGCGAUUUCAAGCCGUUUCAGGAGGAAACGUUUUCGCCGGACGGGCAGACCGGAGUGUACUCGGGUUUGUUCAAGCUCGCCGCGUUUCCCGGGCUUGAGAAGGUGCCGUUUCGCGGCCCGGUGUUUGGGAACCGGCCGCUCGUUAUAGUCACAAACGGAAACUGCUUCUCAGCCUGCGCUAUAUUCACACACAACCUCCGGAAGCGGUUCAAUGUGAAGCAUGUGACUGUAGGGGGGGUUCUGGGUGAGCCCCUCGGGAUCAGCGCAUCGUGCAUGGGAGCCACAAUGCCUUCCCUAGAAACCGGGGUGACUAACUUCCUAACCGGGACGAAACUCGCCGACCACCCGCGCGCGCCGAAGCCGUUUCCGUAUAAUGUGGUGCAAGGAGUGGCGGUGGUACAGGGGUAUGUGGAGGAUAAAGUGCCAUGUGAAUAUGUUUUUCUGCCAGGGGACCAGCAUGUUGACCUGACCAUGGAUAAGGUUGCCAACCCUGCUCUUGUGUGGACAGAGGCCUCGCAAUACUUUUAA